UUCAAAGUUUCAAACGGUUUUCGAUUGUGUAAUGUUUCAGCAUCGUCUGUCAAAUUUAUUUAAAAACUUUUAAUGAAGCUGUAGUUUUUCAAUUAUGUCCAGUUUUAAUUAUCAUGAAUUCCUUCCGAAAAUCAUUGCAUUAUCGAAUUCUUAUACAAACAGUAACAAAGAUGACUUCAAGGCAAUGUUUGAAUGUUUCGAUAAGUUGGAAGAAGAAUUAACUAAUGCCAAGGCGCGAGCGCGGGAUAAGCCAAAGGAUAAAAUAACCCUUCAGAGUAUAAACGAAGACGAGGCUGAGUCUCCUAAAGUGCCAGAGCCCGCAUCAAAACAAUCCAGUGACUCCAAUGACACUACGUCAAGUGAAGGUGGACGACGGGGCUCCAAGAAGCGCAGCAAGCAUGAAGUGGAGGGCAUGGAGAGCCCUGAGCAGGAGAAGAGACAGAAGAGGAAUGCUAGUGUUAAAGCUCAAAGCAAUAUUUCCAAACAGGUGAAUGUGAACCUAACCCAGAAGCUGCGUCGCGAGACCUCUACGGAGAAGGGCAGACGACGCCGCGGCAAGAACGAUGAUAAAGAAAAUGCAGAGCCCAUGCCCCUUGUACAAGUGAAACAAGAGAAACUAUCCAAUCCCCCCGAGCCCGAGCCGAUGGAGCUGAGCAGUCCCGAGGCGACGCUGCCCGCAGACGUGCCGGUGAAACAGGAGCCCGACAGGGACGAGCUCGCCAUGCCGCCGCCGACUAAACCUGGACCCAAGUCCCGCAAAGCGGUACAGAAGCAGAAGUCAGAGGAGUCGACAGACGAAGAGUCCUCCAGCACUCGAGGCUCCAUGCAGCGGAGCAGGCGCACGAGGAAGCAGACAGACACCGCGCCCGCGCCCGCUAUCAACGAGUCCUCCAACCGCUCAGCGCGGGCCAGCUCGCGCGCCAAGCAGGCGGAGGGCGAGGAGCCGCCGCCCGCGGAGCAGAGACCCAAGAGGACUAGAGCCAAGAAGGUUACUGAGGUAUCGAAGUCUGACGAUGAGAGAGAAACUCAACCAGCAGCGGACAGUGAACCAGCAUCACCGGCCGAGAAACCAAGACCAAAACGCACAAGACGAGGACAGAAGGCAGUGGAAAAAGAAACUGAAAUUGUACCGGAACCAAAGAAACCGGAGGUUACUUCAAAACAACCAGAGGUUAUAUCACCUCAGGAGGAAAGGUUACCGCAAACAGAAACACAGUCACCAAUAUUAAUACAAAAAUUCUCAAACAACAACAAGGAAAAAACAACAAAAAUUCCUCAAAAGACCAAAAAUUUGAACAACAAUUAUGACUCAACAAAAUUGGAAAGUAAAUAUAAUGAUGACCAAAACAAAAAACAUAUAGAAACGCAUGAAAUGUUAAAUGGUAAAAUGACUGAUGACCAAAAGGUGAAAGAAUUGAAUACCAUAAACAAGAUGAAUAAUGUGAAAGAGACAAACGAAGAUGUCAUAGACAAUAUUGAGUUGGACAAGACGAGGGUGGUUCACAUGGACACUACGGUGACCAUAUCCAAGGAUCUAGAUGCGACUAUGGUGCUGCCCAAUGGUGUUUACAAUCAUGCGCCAUUUACCCCUAAAGCUGUGCAAGCAAUGAACGAGACAGUGGUGAUAGAGCACUGUCGCGAGACCAUAGUGCUGGAGCAGCCGACACUAGCCGGGGACACUACUGUGGUACUGGACAAAGUGGACGCGAAGGCGACAAACCUGACGGACGACAACUCGCUGUUGACGGACGACAGCGACGCGGUGGCCGACACGCCGCCGAAGAAGCCGCCCGUCGUGCAGCCCACGUCUGCAGUGAAGGAGAAAGUGCAACAGUUUGAAGAGAUGGCGUCGAGGGCCACAAGAACGAAGACGCGAGCUAUGGCAAAGAAGGAGGAGCAAUCCGAGCACACUCCACCGGACAAGGUGAGCAAGGUGCUGCUCUCCAGCGACACGCUCAGCAAGAUGAACAGCAUGAUAUUCAACGGGAAACCAGCGCACAUAUCAAAGUCAGCCGCCAAGCCGCCCGUGGUGACAGUGCCCGUGCGCGCUGUGCCGUCGUCCGCGUCCAAGCUCAGCGGCAUCGCCCGCGCGCGCGAGGCGGACGAGCGGGAGGACGCCAGGAAGAAGAAGGAGGCCUUGCUGGAGGCCAAGCGGGAGAUACAGAAGAAAAAACGGGAAGACAAGAUGGCGGCGGCGGCCGCGGCGCGACUGGCGGCGGAGAGGGAGCGGCGCGCGGCCAUGGAGGCGGCGGCGCGCGAGCGCAUGGAGAAGCAGGCGCACGCGGACCUCGGCAAGAUGGAGAGGCUCAAGGAGGUCGAGAGGAAAAAGCAAGAAACAGCGCGGAAAGUGGCAGAAACAGAAGAGAGGAGACGCGCAGAGGAGCAGGCGAGGCAGCAGCGGCUGGCGGAGGAGCAACGCAGAGCGGAAGCUGCCAGGAAGAAAGCGCAAGAGGAGGCUGAAACCUUAAAAAGAGAAGCUGCCUUGGAAGAGAGAGAGAUCGAGAGGAAACGCAAAGAGUUUAUGGAGAAACAGAAGUUGAAACAAAAAAGGGAAAAUGAGAGAAACACGCCGAGCAAGGCGCCGAGCCACUACGCGCCCGACCCCGUGCACAUGCAGGACGGCUUCCAGUACCUGCACUCUGACGAGGAGGACGAGGGGCCCGCCUUCCCCGCGCCCGCCUGGUCCACCUCCAAGGGUCGGCGGCACCAGCUGGCGGUGCAGGAACGCGUGCCGGGCGCGCUGGUGGCGGCGCUGUUCCAGAUGCGGCCGCAGACGCCCGACCUGCGCGACAUCUUCCCUGCCAUCGAGCGCGCGCGCCUCAAGCGCACCUCCUCCGCCGUGUGGAACACGCCGCCGCGCCUGCCCGUGCUGCACGAGUGACGCGCACACGCACGCACACACACGCGCCAGAAAGCCUGAGCAUGAGUACACCGUCGCGGGCGGCGAAUUGUAUAUAGUGUUUUUACUGUAAUUAGUGUUGUAUUAUGAUCAUGAAUUAUUAUUUUAUCAUGACAUUCAGUAAACGUUAUUCUAUAGACUUUAUUUUAUUAUUAAAGCUAGAGUACAAUAUUAUUAUUAUUAAUGGUAGAAAUUACGUAGGCGACGACGUAGGUCGCUACAUCCAAUGUGGUUUCGAAGGACCAAAUUUAUACUUAAUCAUAACGCGACCAAGCAAUUUUUUUUUUUAUUUUGAAACUUAUUGUUAUAUUCAAUUUGUUAAUAGAUUUUUUCUAAUCGAAAGUUUCGACAGUAUAAAUGUGUUUAAGACCAUUCAAAAUACUGUACUAAUUGCUCCUGGCAUGUGCAGUGGUGUUUGAAAAAGAAAAAAAUACAACUAUUUUAAAUGUGUAAUUUUAUAAGUAGGUACUUAAAGUAUCGACUACUUCGGUGUAAGCACAACCUUAAAUGGUUGACGGCCCCACUUGCCAGGAGCGUUAGCGUAAAGUAUAACAUUAGAUUUUACGUGAAGUGUGUUACAUCACUAGUGUUUUAGUAAAUUUCGUGUAAGUUGCGUAAUAGUCUUCACAAACUGGGGACGGCAGAGGAUAAAAAUCAAAUAAACUUAGUUCCUAAAAAAAUCGAAAUAGGGUAAAUAUUUUAACGCUCAUUAACAAUAUUUUGUUGCAAAUCCUCUUCGAUGCUCUACCCUGUGGUCUGCCAGUGUGCGUUGACCAUUAAAUGUUUUGUUUGUUUAAAAAAAUUAGUUAAUAAUAUUAGAUUAAUUAUUAUUAUUCAAUAUAAAUUAUCUGAUCUAAAAAAUCUUAUUAGUAUGUCAUGGACUAGACCCAAAUUUUUUUAUUUAUUUUAUAUGCUGGUUUAAUAAAUGUAUAAUGUCCACGAAAAUGGGAAUAUCACAUAAUUAUGAUUUGUUGCAAGGGUGGAUGGGUGUCCUAAUAAUAAUGUAGCGUAAUCAAUGAUCAUUUUAUACUAUAGAUCGGUUGCCUCCCUACAAAAUCACCGCAAAAAGUGAUCUGAAUAAUAGGCUAAUAUACUGAGCGCACACAUGCACAAUUUUGCCUUCAAUUCCAUUUUAUAUUUAUGUAUAUAGUUUUUACACUUCCUGAACACACAACUUGACAUUAUAGACGAUAUUUAGGUAUUAUUUGUUUAAACAACGUUCGUUGUUGACCACAACUAACAUUGAGAUGUGGAAAUUUCCUCUUUGAGCACCUCAUUUUUUAUGAUCUAGUAACACAUCUAAAAGUAUUUAACAUCAUUGGGCGUAAUCAUAGAUUACCUUAGACACCGCAAGUCCUCCAUACAAGCAUUCCCACAAGGAUAUUUGCCAAAGCGCAUUUGUCGAGCUCCUCAAUUUUUUAGUUUAGUAAAAUUAAGAGAAUUAAUUUGGUCACAUUGUUAUUUAUUGUCUCUUUAAAUAUGUAUGUUAAAAGUUAGUUUCUCGCAGACCCCGUUUUGAAUGUAUUUAAGUUUGUGUUAAUCUAUUAUUAUUAUUUUGUUUCUGAUGUUUCUCAAAAUUAGUCUUAGAUUUAUUUUAUUUUAAAAUAAUUAUUCAGAACUAAACUGCCUCUGUCCAAACUUAAGUCCAAUUCGUGUUUGGCGAAACAAAGUUCUUGAGAAUGAAAUAAAGAAUAAAGUUACUAAACAUUGACAAUGUAAAAUAAUCUUGGUAAUAUGGACACCAAAUGUGACAAUAUCACUCCAUUCUGUAUAAUAUUAAGACUUUGUAUAAUAUAAGACUGGUUAAAUAUAAUAAAAUUUACAUAAAGUGUAAA